AUGGUCUCUAUAUCGUCGAAAGAGUGCCCAAAUUUAAAAACAGCUCUAAAACUCAUCGUGGCUAGAUUGACUGAAUCUCAAUCAGCACAGGGUGGUAGUGCGGCAGAAGAUAACGUGGCAGACGAAGAAAAGGAUGAAGAUUUAGAGGGAGAAGAUGUACCAAUGGGAGCCAAUGAUAUUCGAUACGACAGAAGACUACGCUACGAUUUAGACAUUCUUGCUCAAUGGUGCAAUAAGCAAGUUCGCAGCGAAGCUGUAACUUCUUUAGACCAGCUAAGAAUCGUCAUAUCAAUACAGGAUGCGGACUCAUUCCAGGUGUCGAUUCUGACGGGCCUAAUCGAAAUGAUGCAAUCCUAUAUCACAACAAUCCCCCUCAAAUUAAUGCUAAAUGUUGCGACAUCAUUAGAAGUGUUCCAGGAAAAACUUCCUCGAAAGUGUAUAAGAUUACUCCGAGGCAAGGCAUUUCAGGCACAGAUGGCAGAAGGUAUUAUGAAAAUUCUUCGCGAAACGCUUUUCAAAUACGACGAGUCAACUCUUCUAUUGAGCCCAGAUCUCUUUAAUUCUCUUGUUCACAGACAGAAGCAGAGUUUGGAAAGUGUUGAUACCUUCAUUUCAUCACUAAAAUAUAUUUUUAUGGCUCAUUACUAUUCAAAUCCGUUUUCAGUGCUGACUACAGGCAAUGAGCAUGUCAACGGGUUCAUAACUUCCCAGCAUCUAAGGGCAUUAAGGAUGUUACCUUCUUUUAAAACGUUUGUUGAGCGGAAGUUAGAGCAAGGUAGCUACAGCGAAGCUGCCAAGUUACUCGAGGACGAUGACUACUUAAAAUCGUUGAUAUCAAUCAGUAUAGAGGAAUUCAGAGAGUAUGCACGGAAUGUGCUAUCUUCUAUUGAAAUAAUUAUACAGCUGGAACAGUCACUUGGUUACGAAGAAAGUUGUGAGUUCAGAAACACUAUGGAUCUAUACCCUGCAGCAUUAUCUGGGGAGCUUAUAAACCUACCGAAGGGGCGUAGGGGGACUACGUUCAUAGACUCUCUUAUCUCUAAGGUCCGUAAACUGGAUGAUGAGAGUGAAAUGCCAUUCAUCGUGGAUCAACUGGAGACUAUAUGCCAUGAUGAUAAGUCUGGCGUAGCCUGGGAUAUUUAUUCACGGUUCCAAGAAAAGUGUCACUCAGCACUUGAUGCCUCUCAGCCAUUGAAUAUGGCAAAUAUUUUUGCUGAUACUCUUGAGACCCACUUUAAAUUUGCUCUUGUUUCAUACAAAGAAAUGUUUCUAUAUGAAGUUUUACUUUCUGAUUUAUUUACUCUCCAGGAAAAUGUUUUCCUGCCCACCUAUAGAGGGGCACUAGAACUGGGACUUUCAAACCCUAAGCAUUACUGGGGAGAUGUUACUGAGUCCACGGCACAGGCUCCUCAUAUUUCUGUACUCUAUCAGCUUUAUAGAGAGUCGAGCGUGUUUAUUAAUAUUUUCGACUAUUAUUCGGUUUUCAAGGGGUUGAUUCACCGGCCAGAUAAUUUAGCUGACGACGAAUGGGACCGAAAGUCGCUGGCAUGGUUUUUGCAGGGAAUUGCUGAGCUCAAAUUUAUUGGAAUUAUCAGAGAUAGUAAGCGUAAGUUCGAGUGCGUGGAAAAGAUUGCCUGGAAAGAUCUUUGA